AUGAAAAAUGUAAUUGAUUCUUUCGUUUACUUGGGCCACUGGCCAUACGCCGGAAGUUUCGGGUUUAAUACCGAUAUUUUAGCAACAAAUCCAAUAAAUCUAAGUGUAGUGCUUGGUGUAUUGAUUUAUUUUGGAAAGGGAGUGUUAAAUGAUUUAUUAGAUAAUCGAAAACAGAGGAUUUUAAGUACUAUUCGAAAUUCGGAAGAAUUACGUAAAGGGGCCGUUGAGCAGCUCGAAAGAGCCCGGACUUGCUUACGUAAAGUGGAAAUAGAAGCAGAUGAGUAUCGAAUGAAUGGAUACUCUGAAAUAGAACGAGAAAAAGUAAAUUUGAUUAAUGCCACUAGUGAUAGUUUGGAACAAUUAGAAAAUUACAAAAAUGAAACGCUUCAUUUUGAACAAGAAAAAGCGAUUAAUCAGGUCCGACAACGAGUUUUCCAACAAGCCUUACAGGGAGCUCUAGGAACUUUGAAUAGUUGCUUGAAUAGUGAGUUACAUUUCCGUAUGAUCCGUGCUAAUAUUCGCAUUCUCGGAGCCAUGCAAAAAAUAACGGAUUAG